AUGGCCGGUAAUGUCGAGGCAUGGACUUUGUUGUCCUUGGCUCUGGCUAUAAUUAUCUUGCGUAUAUCAGUACGAUGCAAGCUCGUUGGACCGAUGAACUUCCAACUUGAUGAUUAUCUUAUGCCACUGGCGGGAAUUUUCUUCGCACUCGAAACGGUGGCGGCAUACCUUGUCGGUGCGAAAUACGAGGGCCUGACCAACAGCUACAUGUCAACCGAGCAGCGAGCAGCACUCGACCCCGAUUCGACUGAGUGGUCUCACCGCGUUGCUGGAUCAAAAAUCCAGAUCAUUGGGUGGUCAUUAUACGUGGCUAUUCUCUGGUUGAUCAAGUUCAGCUUAGCGAUCUUCUACUCUCGAUUGACGACCGGCCUCCAACAUCUGCCCAUGCGAGUUCGAGUGGCAUACGUCAUCCUAGGUGUUACAUAUCUCGCGACGGCGUUAUCGCUUCUGCUUUCAUGCCAACCUUUCCAUGCGUUCUGGCAGAUUAACCCCAACCCCGGCAAAAUCUGUCAACCCACCCUUUCCCCUGUCUAUGUUAUCCUUACCGUGACCCUCAACGUCGUCACAGAUAUAUACCUCCUCUCAAUCCCGCUCCCCCUCCUCUGGACCGUCAACAUUAGCAUGAAACGAAAGAUCCCCCUUAUGGCCCUCUUCUCCGGCGCUGCAUUCGUCAUUAUAGCCGGAAUAAUUCGUGCCGCGACCAUUAUUAACUCCGGCCCCGAAGGCGCCGAAACUGGGUCCAAAUGGGCCUGCCGCGAGACCUUUGUCUCGAUUGUCGUCUCCAAUCUACCCAUCAUCCAACCCAUGAUCCGCAAAGCCUUCCGCAAGAUAGGUCUCUCACAGCUAUUCAGCUCUUCAGGCAAACAGUCAGCGUCAUACCCGCUCUCUGGCCGAGGUAUGCAAACCUUGACGAACCGCAGUGGGCUCGAAAACAAGAAGGGCAAGACGAGCGCUGCUGCGCCAACUCACAUGCAGACUUCUGCGUGGGGUAGCGACGAACACAUUCUCGCCGAGACUCAGCCUUCUUCGAAGGGUAUUACUGUUGUUUCGGAGACUGUCGUUGAGAGCGAAUCUUGGGCUGAUCCCAGUGCGCAUGGUGCCGGUCAGUCAACGUCGCCGCCGAAAGAAUGGGGGAAUCGCUUACCGCAUCGAUUUGAUGAAUAUGAGGUUAUAUGGGUCAAGGCCUAUACGGGGUUUUCAGGAUGGACUUUUGUGAAUAUUAUUUAA